GUUGGCGAUAUGAAUGGGUUUAGGUUGAGCGGUCUCCGUGUGGAAGUGGAUUGAGAGAAGAGUGACAGGAGGAAUCGUUGCUGGUAAUUAUAAGUGAAGCUGCUCCUUGGUCCAGACAGAAGAUGGGGAAGAAGAGUCGCGUGAAGACUCAGAGGUCUGGGGCCACCGCUGCCACCGUCUCCCCCAAGGAGAUGAUGAACCUCAUAUCAGAACUCCUGCAGAAGUGCAGCAGUGCAGCCCCCUCUGCUGGUAAGGAGUGGGAAGAGUAUGUCCAGAUCAGAGCCCUGGUGGAGAAGAUCCGCAAGAAACAGAAAGGCAUGUCGGUGGUGUUUGAGGGCGACAGAGAGGAGUACUUCUCGGAGCUGAUGACCUGGGCUGCAGAGUGUGGGGCAUCUUGCGAUGGAUUCGAAAUAACCAACUUCGAAGGCGAGGGCUACGGACUCAAAGCCACCAAGGACAUCAAGGCAGAGGAGCUGUUCCUGUGGAUCCCCAGGAAAAUGCUGAUGACGGUGGAAUCGGCCAAGAACUCCGUCCUUAGUGGUCUCUACAGUCAGGACCGCAUCUUGCAGGCCAUGGGCAACGUUACCUUGGCUCUGCACCUGCUGUGUGAGCGCGCCACGCCCUCGUCUCCUUGGCUCCCCUACAUCCGCACGCUGCCGGCCAGCUACGACACGCCGCUCUACUUCCAGGAGGAGGAGGCGCGCCACCUGCUGGCCACGCAGGCCAUCGCGGACGUGCUCAGCCAGUACAAGAACACCGCGCGCCAGUACGCCUACUUCUACAAAGUCAUACAGACCCACCCUAAUGCCAGUAAGCUGCCCUUGAAGGAUGCCUUCACCUUUGACGACUACAGGUGGGCGGUGUCCUCGGUGAUGACUCGUCAGAACCAGAUCCCCACGGAGGACGGCAGCCGCGUCACCCUGGCACUCAUCCCACUCUGGGACAUGUGCAACCACACCAACGGCCUGAUUACCACUGGCUACAAUCUCGAGGACGAUCGCUGUGAGUGUGUGGCCCUACAGGAUUAUAAAGAGAACGAACAGAUCUACAUCUUCUACGGCACGCGCUCCAACGCUGAGUUUGUGAUCCAUAACGGUUUCUUCUUCGAGGAGAACGCCCACGACAGGGUGAAGAUCAAGCUGGGCGUCAGCAAGAGCGAACGCCUCUACGCCAUGAAAGCAGAGGUGCUGGCCAGGGCAGGGAUACCCUCGUCCAGCAUCUUUGCCCUGCACUGCAGUGACCCUCCCAUCUCCGCACAGCUCCUGGCCUUCCUGCGUGUCUUCUGCAUGACUGAAGAGGAGCUGAAGGACUACCUGGUGGGUGAGCGUGCCAUCAAUAAGAUCUUCACGCUGGGCAACACAGAGUUCCCCGUCAGCUGGGACAACGAGAUCAAGCUCUGGACCUUCCUGGAGACGCGCGCCUCCCUCCUGCUCAAGACAUACAAAACCACCUCCCAGGAGGACCGCGUUCUCCUUGAGAAGGCCGACCUGUCCCUGCACGCCCGCAUGGCCAUCCAGCUCCGCUUGGCCGAGAAGGAGAUCCUGGAGAGGGCGGCGGCCGCCGGCACCGCCAAGAGACUCCACUUCCGGCAGCAGCUGGACGCCAACGCGCCCUUACCCCUCUACGAGGAGAGCGACCUCGCCCUGCUCAGUAACACAGACGCCAAGCUGCCCGUCAUACUGCGCAAACUCCAAGAGGAGGAGGAGGAGGAGGAGGAGGAAGGGGAGGGGGGCGGAGGAGGAGGAGGAGGAGGAGGAGAGGGGGAUGGGGAGGAGGUGAAGGAGCUGAAGAAGGGAGGUGCUGUGGUCCUCAAUGGGGAGAAGAAGAGCACGAAAGAAGAGGAGGAGGUGGUGGAGGAGGAGGAGAAAGGAGAGCUGGAGCAGAAGAAGGAAAAUGAAAAAGGGAUGAAGGAGGAGGAGGAGGAGGAGGAGCAGAAGAAGGAGGAUGAUGAGGUGCAGAGGAAGGAGAAGGACAUUGAUGUGGGUUCACAGUCAGAGGGGAUGGAGGAGAAGGAGGCGCAGAGUGAGAAAGGGAUGAAGGAGAUGGAGGAGAAGAAAGAGAAUCAGGAGGACUUGACUGUGGCUGAGUGUGUAGAGAAGAGAACUGUUGAAGGGUAUAUGGACACUGUAGAUUAAUAAAAAAAGUCCUUCUGCUUUUGAAGCAACA